CAUGCUUACAUCGAUAUAUCUCAAAUUUUCCAUUCGCAUUCGCUCACAGUUAUCCGUUCAUUCCAACCAACGAUACGACGACUAUUCCGUAUGGUGGUGCCAUUCCAACAGCCAUUCAUUCCGGACAGUCUCUUAUCGAUCCAAAUGAGUACCAUUUCGAAAAUAUGGCCUUAAAGGCACUUGGUGGUUUCAUUUUGAUACUGAAUGAAAAUGGUGAUAUUUAUUACGUAUCAGAAAACAUCGAAACCUACCUUGGAUUUCAUCAGUCGGAUAUUCUUCAUCAAUCGUUAUUUGAAAUGAUUCAUUCGGAAGAUCGAGAAGAUGUUAAAUUACAGUUAGCUUGGAAUUACAAUGUUCCACUUCACGUGACCUGUUUACAGGACAUUUUAACACCUGGUGGUAUGCCUUAUUUGGAACGAAAUAUUAAUGCUCGAUUUCGUUGUCUGUUGGAUAAUACUUGCGGAUUUCUGAGGAUAGACGUACGUGGAAAGUUGAUGAGUCUUCACGGUUUACCGCAUUCUUAUGUACUAAACAGGAUUGAAAAUCAUUCAUCCGGCAAUAUCGUUCUCGGUUUAGUUGCCAUUUGUAGUCCAUUUGUUCCACCGAAUAUUGCUGACCAACAACAAAUGAAUGAUCCGAUCUUGAAAACGAAACAUUCUCUUGAUUUUACGCUUGCUUCAACAGAUAAUCGAAUGAAAGAUUUGCUAGAAUUGGAUGAGAAGAAUUUGCCACACAGCUUUUAUAGUUUAGUCCAUGUGCAGGAUGCGACAUGUCUUGCUGAAGCACAUAAAGAAGUAACAAAGAAUGGUGCAAGCGGUAUAUUAAUUUAUCGCUUAAUUAGCAUGCGAAGUCAACGUGUAUAUUGGAUUCAAAGUAGCUGUCGGAUGUUUUAUAAAAAUGGUAAACCGGAAGCGAUUGGUUUAACACAUCGACUUUUAAC